AUGCAGGAAAAGAAAGAAGUUUAUGAUAUUUUAGAAAAGUAUUCCAAUAAAGCAACUUUGAUAGAAAGGGCUGAAGAGAUAGUCAAUAAUUUAACUUACAUAGAUAAUUCACUUAAUGAUUUUGUUAAUCUUAAUGAAGUGCAAUUAGAUAAUUUUAUUAAUAAUAUCACAAACGCUAGUUUAAAAGUGACUAAUGAUAAACACUAA